AUGGUGUCGGAGCACCUGGCACGCAUUCUGCCGCCUGUGGCGGCAAGAUGCAGAGAGGCCCAGCAAGAGGAGCGUGCCCCGUUGAUUUCUGAUCCCCUGGCCUGCCCUUUUCUCGAAGCUUUCGGGCCCGCCCCCGAGGAGUCUGAGGAAGUUGAGCGCGCCCGGGUGGUUCAUGAUGCCUUCCUCGAUAGGCUGCUCUUGGAUGCUGUAUCAAGGAGGGUACGUCAGACGUUGCUUCUGGGCUCCGGCUUAGAUGUUCGCGCGUUUCGGCUGCAGCUGCCGCCACAACUCAAGGUCAUCGAGGUGGAUGAGACGAACGUCCACGAGGCAAAGAGCUUGGUGCUCGAAAGCCUGGGUGCGCGGCCCCGGGCCGCGCUUCGGCGCCUGACUUCGGCGGAUGCGGACCCCACGAAGCCGUGCUUCUUCAUCAUCCUCAUACCACCGACGGAGGCGAUCACUGCCAUUCCCCUUCUUGCGGAGAUAGCCGGUCAAGGCAGCACAGUCGUGGCUCAAAUUCUCCGCUCGCCGCAUUCAGGAGAAGGUAGCGUGGAUGCCCAUGUCUCGGCGAUGAUCGCAGCUUUUCAGGAAUCUGGCUGGCAAAGGCCCGAGCGUGUUGGGCAUGCCGCCCUGCAAAGAUUUUUCGCAGGCAGUGCGCCUGGAGACGAUGUGGCUGCAUUGGUCGUUGCGGAGCGCGGCCUUCCGUCAGGGGAGCGAAUCGAAAGGACCGCCUGCAAGUAUGGGACCAAGUGCUACCAGAGGGACAAAGGCCACCUCGCACGGUUUGCGCACCCUGGCGAUCGGAACUAUCGGCUGGGGCUUGUCGAGUUUCCGCCAGGGUUCCAGCCUGAGUUCGAAUCUUUGUGGCAGCUUUUCCGCUUCCACGACCCAGACGAGUCCGGUCACCUCUCCAAGGAGGAGUUUCGGAUGCUUUUGCUGCAGUGCCCACAUCUCUUUCUGGAGAGCGAGAUCACCAACUUCCCGGAGGUUUGGAAAGACGCCGGCGGCGAAGGAACUGGCUACCUGAACUUCAGGAUGUUCACUGCUUGGUCUCAGAAGUAUAUCCAGAUGGACCUGCCUUUGGGCCUGGAGGUCGGCGACGCGAGCUCCCGGCCCUGUCGAUUUCGUUUGGGCGGAGACGGCCCGCGCUGCGGCUGCCAGGAAUUCCAAGCGGCUGGAGGGGAUGGGCCAACUUCUGAACUCUGCGUGUGUGGUCACAAGGCCUCGAUGCAUCGCUCAGAUCUUGCACAGCGUACCAUGUCUGCCUUCCUAGAGGAGGGUGCACCGAGCCACUGGAGUGCCGAUGCAGAGGGCCUUGUAGAGAUCACCGAAGAGCCCAUCCUCUCGCGACUUCAGGCGCUUCUUCACCACAGCCACAAGACCACUGACAACUGGACCCGGGACCGUGGAUGCUCUCUUCACGGUGUGAACGGUUGCUCUGCUUCUUGCGCUUCGAGAAACCGAGUACUCGUGCCAUCCAAAUACCACCUGGUCACGGCUUUCCGAAACCAGAACCAGGACUUAUGGCAGAAGUACGCCUUGGUCAAGACGGCCGUGGCGGAAGAGUGCUCUGCCGCGAGCAAGGCGAAAUUCCGCGUGCUGCCCACUGCGACGAACGAUGCCCUAGCAUUGCCGCGGCCGAUGUCUGCCAGCGACUUCACGGUGGGUGAAGCAGUCGAGGUUUGGAGCAACGGCCACGAGAAGUGGCUUCCCGGAGAGGUCCUUGCCAUUUACUCCUCACUCACUGUGGAAGAAGGCUCGGCCAUCCAAGCAGGAACGGUGAAGGUGGGUUCCGAAGCAGGCGUCAAAUUUGUGAAGUAUGUUCCGCCAGACCACGUGUCUGCGACAGUACGAAAGCCAUGUUCGGUUGAGGGCGAAGCGCUUGACCCCUCCAUCAACGAGUGGUACCUUUUCCAUGGCUCGCGGCCCGAAGCUUUGGCGAACAUCCUGGUCUCCAACUUCCGCCUCACGCUGGCUGGCUCCGGCGCGACAUGGAAGGAUGCCGGCAAAGCCUCGGGAACGCCGCUGUACGGCUUCGGCAUCUACUUCGCGGAGCGCAUCACCAAGGCCGACGAAUACGCCGCGCAAGUUAAGGACGGAGGUCCUCUGCCAGUGUCUCCAGAUGGGCGGGAGUUGUUCUGUGUGCUCCUGUGUCGCGUUGUGGGUGGCCGCACGAAUCUCGUCACUACCAACGAGAUCGAAAGAGAGAAGCUGAGGAGUGACGUGUUCGAUGGCCCCUACCACUCCGUCUUCGGAGACCGUGUCAGCACCCUCGGCAAGCCGUACAAGGAGGUGGUGGUCUACGACAAGGACCAAGUCUUCCCCGAGUACCUUCUCGUGUACUCGCGCAGCUACGGCUGA